GUUGAAUCGUUUUAUCUGUCUGUGUGUGUGUGUGUGUGUGUGUGUAUGUGGGCACUUGUCGUCUGUUUGUGAAUGUGAGAGUGUAUCGGUGCAUAUAUGUUUACGUGCAUAGGUCGUCCGAAUAGAGAUAAUCAGCAGCAUACGAACGAUCCGGAAUUGGACAUAUAUGGACCGAACCUAAGAUCUUCGGAAGAACGUAGUAUGUCAGCUAUACCGAGUACUUCUACCAAUGAAUAUAAACCCGAUGUUGCCGCGUUGAAUCCGAUGCACCCGAUAGAGGGUAGAGCGUCGGAAACGAUACAUCAACCCAAUUUGUCCGAUCCACAAUGGACGGCCCAGCAGCUAGGCUGGCAGCAGUAUGGGAUGCAACAGCUCCCUGCACAGCCGGCUGUACCGUCACAAACUCAGGUGGAGCUGCUGGAACAACAGGACGGUCGCGUAUAUGAUCCACUUGCAACAGUAGCUCCGCGUCAACCGCAACAAUAUCCAGAGCCGUUGCAGCAACUGAAUCAGCCGCUAACGGCUGGGUCGUCACAACAUCAGGCGGGUCAGCAGGACGAGCGUGUAUAUGCUCCCUAUACAACAGCACUUCCACAUCAAGAGCCUGACUAUCAGGAACCGUCUCAGCAACAUCAGCAGCCGCAACCAUCUGAUAGCCGUCAAGAUGCGCAGGCACAAUAUAUGUUGGACCAGUUGCCACAACAAGACGAGCGGGUACAUGCUCCGCUGACAACAGCAACUGAGUCGUCACAACAGGAUCGGAUUACAGAGUAUCCGAUUGUAACGGGAACGUCGUAUCAGUUUGAGUAUCCACGUGAAUGGCACGAACAGUACUACAGACGUCAAGAUCCGGUGCCAACCGUUCAGGUACAACAUCAGGUAGUUCGGCUACCACAACCAGACCAGUGUGGAAACUCUACCAUUUCAACCGCUUCUCUUCCUCAUCAACAGCAGCUCCAACAACGCUACGAGAAACGGCCAGAACGGCCGCCAUCCGUGCAUGCACGUUUUCAGGUGGUGCGAGUGCCACAGCAGGACGAAGAUGGAUACUCUCCCAUUUCAACAGAUUCGCUCCCGCCUCAACAGGAAGAGUAUCCACAACAGUUGCAGCAACAAGCUAGUCCCGCAGAACGGCAAUCAACUACGCAGCAGCACGAUAGACGGUCGGGACGGAGUUCUUCGGUACGGGAACAAUAUAUGCUGGUUCGGAUGCCAGAGGAGAACGAGCGUUCCCAUGAACCGCAUGCAACAGUAAUGCAGUCGUCAGAACAGGACAUGCGAUAUCCAAUGGAAUCAGUACUGCCGGGUCAACAGCAAGCGUUGCAGCAACAUCAUCAGACGCAUAAGCGAGAUAGUCAGCCGGAGCAAGCGCCACAGCAAGCGAAACGGCAGCCACCACCACCACCACGGAACGAAAAUGUUCGGCUUACCGCAGCAGUUCCGCCGUUACGGGUAGACUAUCAACAGUACACUGGACGUCCGUCUGCAGCGCAGCAGCAGAUGGAACGGCCGGACCAACAACAGCAGCGCUCUGGUCAGAUACAAUAUCCUGUGGAACAUUCAACCCCUGGACAACGGCAGUCCGCCCCGCGGCUACGUCAGAUUGAGUGGAUGCGCGAACAGCCAAUGGGGCGACCGUACCUAUAUACCCCACAUCCCAAUGUGCUCGGGCAGUUGGGAAAUAUUUAUGGGAGCACAACAUCGCUUGGCGGUACUAACUGUGGGUCAUCCAAUUCGUCAUCAACAAGAUCGUCAAUAAACGUUGAGAACCGGAGUCCGGAGAUAUCAGACGAUGAAGAGGAACAGGAGUAUGAAGAAACCGAUCUACACCCUACACAAGAAGUGCAGCAGGUUUUACCACAACAGCCUCCUCCGCAUUUUCACCUACAGCAACUACAGCAACCCGUCCAACACCAAGAACAACAAACGCAACAGCAGGUGCCUGUGCAGCAGUUGUAUGUUCCGCAAUUUCAGCUUGUGCAACAACACCAGCCUCAAUUGUUUCAACAAAACUUGCAGCUGCCUCAGCUGCCUCAGCUGCCUCAGCUACCUCAGCUGUCUCAGCUGCCUCAGGUACCUCAGCUGCCUCAGCUACCUCAGCUACCUCAGCUGCCUCAGCUUCCUCAGCAACAACCGCAACAAUGUCAGCCAGCCUUGCCGCAAACACAGUGGGAAAUAAUAAAUCCUCCCGAUAAUAGUGCAUACAAUGGUCUGACACCCGUCAGGCCGUCCUUUUCAAGCUCUGCCAUCCCGGACUGGAGGUUUAUAAAUUUCUACGACUUGCCUCCACUUCCUUCUGCACCGUUGCAGCAGCAGCAACAGCAGCCUCCACAAUCCGGUAGCCUGCCCCUAAUUCCACCCGCAACAGUGGAGAAUAUCUUCUCAGCAACAGAGCCGGAGCGUGUACAACCAGCGUAUAGUGGUGUGGCAGCUACCAACUUCUUCAACUGGGACUACCGUACCGCUAGUUUGUCGCUGUCCAUGUCCAGCCCAUCGUUGGGACAAGGAACAUCGGAUGCGUACGGAGGACAACUGCCGCAAACGAGCACGACCGUGCUGCCGAUUCCACAGUCCGUGACCUGGAACCAACAGCAAAACUACCAGCACAGUUCACACUUGAGCCAGUUCUGGCACCAAGUAACGACGAAUCGUAUGAUGGACACGAAGAAUCGCUCUUGGGAUUAUUCACGCAUAAUGGCACCAUCAUCAUCCGGUGGCUACCCUACGACGAUGCCAAAUGAACCUCCCGCACAUAUCGCACCAAGCUACUCGCCCAGCGGAACAUUUUCCCAACGGGUCACGUCACCAUACCCACAUGCUUCCACACAAACAUUAUCGACGAGCAUCGGCAGACUUUCGCCAUCGCAUUCCAACCCGGAGGUUGGUGAGGUGCAACCGGAUCCCGCCGACAUACCGACUGUCGAACCAAGCGAUACCCCAUUGCCUGUCGAAACGCGUGCUGUCACACCGAAUUUUGAAAUGCUUCCAAACGACGCUACUCCCAGAUGGAGCGGGAUUGCUACGCACGAGAAUGAAACACCCGUGGCCAGGGGAAACCGUCCGAUACCAGGACCAUAUACACCAUUUAUCAGUACUCGCCGAAUUCCAACGCCCAAUAUCCCAUUGCCUGGCGAAGAUGAGCCCAGUACAUUGUCCACUAGCCCUCUCAAUAUGUGCAUCACUCGCGUUAUCAUCACCAAUACAACCACCGCCACCACCACCACGACAACGUUCUCUACCAGCGGCAUCACCACGAUAUCCUCCACCAGUGCCAUCACCAACACGACCUCCACCAUGACGGACUGGGCACAAUCGCGAGACCAGCGCAGCACACCUCAGCAUCAGGUCGCACUCAAUGCGAUGGGUAGUCUUACGCGACAUGAAGUGUUAUCACCUAUUCUGCCGUAUCCUUCAAACGCAUCCUGGACACCUACACGGAUUGCCGCACUGGAUAGGGAGAUUGAUGCUUUUAUAGUGUCGAUGCCACAAUCAGAACAGUCAGAUGCAGCCAGAGACUGCGCUAUAGCUGGAACUCGGUCACUGCAAAACAUAAUGCGCCAGUGGCAGACAGAAUUGACUGAACAAGAUCCACACCGAUCGAUGCCAUCGACGUCACUGGAGCCAUCAGAACACGAGCGUUGGCGUAGAGCACGAGCGCCUCAGCGAUCGAACCGGCGAUCAUCAUCACCGGAAUACUUAUCCUCGGAUUCGGUUACUGACAGAGAGGUUGAGACGGACGCUAGCAGCGACAAAUCUAAUAACGAGAGGUCUACUGAUGAGGAGGUAGUGAUGGAAACGGAAGCGGUGGAGCGUCGGGCAGCUAAAAAGCAACGACGGCGGCACCGGAAGCAGCUCCAGCGAAAGCAACAAACCAAAACAUCCGGCAGUCUUCAAACGUCAACAACUCGCAAACCAUUACCAAGUCAUGCGCGACGUUCUUCUGUGGCAAAAACACGUACCCUGCAGCUAACUCCGUCGGCAACACAUAUUGUGUCCACCAGGGUACUAUCGAGAUCCGCGCAAAAUCCAACGAAUCAACCAUCCACCAGUACACAGAAACGAUUCUCUAGAAACAAAUACCCGCACGAUUCCGCGUGUAACUGCGGAAUGGCAAGCAACGCGAAUGAACGGGAGGCAUCGCAGCGAGCGACGAAGGAUCGUUCGGUACUAUCGAAGCAGCAACCUCAUGCGUCCAGAGUGCCGGAUGCAAUUCCUGGGCCCAGUGGGCUGAACACACGUGCUGCGCAGCCUACUGCGUCCCUUGAAACAAGUGACGAAGAUAGCGAUGUAAUCGCGGUGGAAGUUAUGCGCGAGGUUAUUUACAUCGACUCAGAUGAUGAUGAGCAUGACGACUGCAAGAAGAAGGAUCGCGAAGAAACGUUGCGUCCUCGUCCACCAACACAGCCAUCGACGGAGCACCAGCCAUCGGGCAUAAAGCGUGGCCAUCAACGUGUAGCAAAGAAACAAAAGAAACGAUCAUCCGGCAGGAACCGAACGAAUCCUGUUCCACCAAACACACCGCGAUCUGGUAGUAGUGAGGUAAGCCCAGGACCAUCACAGGCACCAAACACAUCAGCAUCAGCCAGUCGCAAUGUGGGCCCCAAACUGUCGCAGUUACCUUCGACACAGCCGUCAGGUACAGGCGAUGCGGGCCAUGGACUGCUGUUGCAGACAUUACCGGCAAGAACAGCGAGCACAAGUCAGGUGGGCUCCGGUCCAGCGAACAGACAAUUCAUCACUACUCGGAUGUUCUCCAGACCAUCGCAGGCACCAACUAUCAUUACAUCAUCAAGCACCAGGUCCGUGGGCUCCGAACCAUCGCAGAUACCAGCUGCAAGACCAGCAAGCACUAUGCCGGUAGUCUCCGAACCAUCCCGAAUACCUCCGAAAUGUGUAGUGCCGCAGAAACCAAAGCCAAGACCAACGAGCGCGAGUCAGGCACGCCCCGAAUCAUCCUACAUACCUACGAGACAAUCUUCCUUCACUACUCGGGUGGUUUCUGGAAUACCCAAAACAUCAAAUACAAACACAACAAACACAAGUCAGGUGGAACGGAAACCAUCGCCGAUACCUAGUUCGUCAGGCGCUGGACCAUCGCAGACACCAAAGGCAAGACUGACAAAUUUGUACCUGGUGAGCCCCAAACCAGCGCAGACAUCUACGUACAACCAAACCGCCAACAAUAGUGCGCUAGGCCCGGUACCUUCUUUGCAAACCUCCAUCACCAUUCCGGUGAGUGCUGGACCAUCGCAGACAUCAACGGCAGCGCAGCCAUCAUCAAGCAAUAGUCAGGCGAGCCUCGACGCAUCGAAGACACCGGCUAAGCAAAACACCAUCGUUAUUAAGGUGGCUUCAGCCCAAACAUCAAAUGUGUUGAUGAAACCAGUGCCACCACCGCGGGCGACUACUGUGCAGAUGCCUCGCAUACUACAGGUACCAAUGUUACAAUCCGUAAGCUUCACUCAGUUGAUGCGUGGCAUACCGCAGACACCGACGACGCAACGCUCCAGCACCAGUCUGGUACGCCCGGACCCACCACCGAAUUCGUCCAGCCACACGCUCUCCAUCACUACCCAGGAGAGUUCACGUGUAAUACAGCUAGUGCAAUCGGCAAGCUUACCUCAACUGGCACGCGCCCCAUCACAGACACCGAGCAAUCAACCCGCCUUCACUAUUAAGGUGCUUCCCUUGCCAACACAGAAUCCGGCAAAUCAAUCCUCCAGCUCUAGUCUGGUGAGCCUAACGCAGAACCGGACAACGUCACACUCCAGCAUUAGGCAGAUGGGCUCCGGAUCAUCGCAGCCCUCGCCUUCACGCAUUAAUGAGGUACCGUCCACCGUUGCUACAGAAGAUAUCAGCAGUUCCGAUAGCUUCGAAGCCAGCCCAAACGUUGACAAACCCCGGUCAACGGAGGAACAGGAGCAGUGUUCGCCGAACGACAUGGAGUGUCUUGCGACGUGUUUUUGCAUACUUUAAAGCCGGUUAACAAGAGUGUGCUUGUGUUUUUGUCUCCUUUUUCUAUCUCUUUAAAAACAAAAAUUAAAGAAAAAAAGAGAGAGGGAUAAUAAAUAGAUAAAAAAAACAACAUUUUAUCAUGUUAUGGCUCGCAAAUCUUAAAAAAAAAUCCAUCCACAGUUCGUACAGGUAUUUCAAAAUAAGGGAUAGUUUUGUUUUAUUAUGAUAUUUGACACCUGCCACCAUUAUCACACCAGCAUCACACGGGAAUCGAGCAUGAUUCGCCCAUUGUACCGUUCUAUUGUGUUUCGAUAAGUAGCAAAUCACCAAACGGGAAUUGUGCGAGUCGUGUGUCAAACGGUGCUGCAAUCGCUAGUAAAUGGCCAUUUUGAAUUGCCUAACACACACACACACACAGAAACAUGCAACUUGCAUAUUAUAAAAAGCAACAUCAAAAAAUAAAAAUGAAUGGUUUUGUCUCUAGUAGAUAAAGUGACAGUUGCUGUUCGUUGUGGGUGUAAAUAUGUCAAAUGAUAGUUUGUUAGCAAACAAAUCAGUUUUGUUGAUCAUUCCGAUGCAAGUAGAAGCAGCUAGGGAUAGGGAGAGUGGUGAGGAGUAACCAAACACACACACUACUGUCAGUUCGAGUGCCCGAUCCAGUGUUCAGUUUGACAGUCGGUCGGUGUCGACGUUACUGUAUCCUGCUGCCGGUUUUGGACGGCACGGGUCGGAUUUAUUAUCUGCGAACUUACGAUUAACGAGCUACCACCACCAACAACAAUACGCCAUUGGCAGCGAUUGUGGUGUGUGUGCUCGGAUCUUGGAUGCAGUUACGUCCAGCUGCUGCACAGCAAGAUCGUGUUGGGUGCGUCAGUCGCAACCGCUCGAACAGCUGUGACACAGAAGAAGAACAAAAACACACACACAAACCGGUGUGUGGCAUAGAAGAGAAAUGGCGGGAUAACAGACAGUGCUGAUAUGGGGAAGCGCGGCUCUGCGCAAGUGUUUUUAACUUACGAGAUAGCUCCACUGCGAGUGUGUGUGGAUGUGUGAGAAAGGGAGCUAGCGAGCGAGAAGGAAGUGUUCUGUUUUGUUUUGGAUGUCUAGCUAUUGUAGGUUCUCCCCAUAGGCUCGACCUCGUUGCUGAUAGUAAUGGAGCAUAUUAUCAAUAGCUUUUUCACCAGGAAGACUCACUUCCUAGUCAUUGUGCGAGGGUGUACGAGGGUACUACUUUUAUCGAGAUAGAAAACGAAACAUACACACACACACACACAC